AUGCUUCGAACUCUUUCCCGGCGGUAUACUUUGACCGGCAAGUUUUGUGUUUUGCUGUUUGUACAAUGAAACAUUUUCAGAACAGGAAUUUCCUUGUCCAAUUCUACUGGAAGACUACUUGAUUGUCUUUCACGAUUAUGCAUUGCUUGCUGGAAAUUAUCAGGUAAGUUGUAAAUGUUAUAACGUAAAGAAUAAACUUUUCAGUUCACUGAAGCGAUGGAAACAGUAGAAAGAUUUAAAAGCACCAAGUUUUCAAGAAAAGAUGGCGUCGAAAAUCCUUGGAUACAAAUUCUUGGCGAACUAAUCACGGUUUUUUUUAAUUUAAAAUUGUUGAAUUUUCUAUUAAAAUACCGAAUCUCAGCUGGCCAAGAACGACAAAGCUUUCUACACGUGUUCUUUCCUUGUUUCUCGCGCUUUUUUCCGUCGGAACAGCACAGCAAAAGACCAGUACAUGACCAUUUGGUGAGCUUUGAUUGGAAAAAAAAAAAUCAAAUAUAGUCUAUUCCGCGCCAGCUUAUCACGUUUUUCUUUCCGCCAAAAAGACCGUAUACCAAAUUAGAUCAAGUUUCUGUUUUUAUAAUGGAAAGAAACAAAGUUCUUGAAGCGAAGUUGGUUAAAUUUGACCUGUUUCUUUGGCGAAAAGAAAAACGUGAGAAGCUAGCGCGGAAUGGCCUAUAUUCCUAUUGAAAAUAUUCCAGUGAGACAAUACAACGGAUGAGAGUCAAGUUUUUGUCUGAUCCUGCUAUGGAAUUGUUGAUAGACGAUUUGAUGACGUAUUCUCGGAGUCGAGCGGAGUCAGUGAAGUUGAUCUCGGGUCUCGCCGCGUGGGGUUUUUUUUUUUCGAAUGAAGCAAGAUUAUUGAAAUAUACUUUCAGUUCAUCGCAAAGAACCUGUCGAUUGGAAACGCCACUUGGGCGAAACUGAAGCUAUUAUUGCAAAAUUCAAACAACCAGAGGAAGAAGUUUUCCUUCUAAAGCCGGCCGAUUUAAGACCCACGGCUCCUCUUAUUGAACCAAAGCAAACUGCUAUUGCACCGUGUGAAUUCUUGAAUCCGAUCAUCGAAUUGGCGUUGACUGAGCUCAAUAUUCUCAAAAACCUUUUUAAGACGCAGAUUGGCCUCAACACAUGCGAGGUACUUUUAAAGUCGAAUGCUAAGCUUACAAAUUUUUAAAGUUGUUCACAUGCAUGAGCUCUUUGGCCCUGAUCCGGUCAGAAUUCGUAACUGCUGUCAAAGAGGUUCAAAUGGCUGAUGGCGGUUCCGCGCAAAAGUCUUUCUUCUUCUCUCAGUAGGUUAUUAUUUAAAGUUCGAUUGGCAUCGGAUUUAUAGGAUAACCAAACCUUCCCCGAAAAACAAGUUGAUCUAUUGGUACGCGGAGUUCUACGACCUUCUUUUGGCAAAGUUUUCGCUUUAUUUCGCUAACGCUAUUGGAACAUAUUGUGAAAGUUCUGAAGUCCAGGUUUCCUUUAAGUUUAUUCUCCCAUUGACCAACUCAUUUUCAGAAAAUUCAUGAGGUUGACAAUGGCCACAAUUUCAUCAAUCGAUGCGUUGAGUUCUACAAGAAGUCGAACGCCUUUUACUUGGCAAUUGUACAAUCUCGCACGGAAGGACCGCGCUACAAUAGUACGUUUCAAAUAGAAACUACUUAUUUCAAAUAAAAGUUUUCAGGUCCUUUCGAUGUGGAAGAACUUUAUUUUGCUCCUAGGGGCGAGGAAGAUCAACAAGAUGAUUACUUAUACCCACUUAUUUUUCGCCUCCCUUCUCCUACUCAUAACGAUCAUCGUCAUGAAGACGUUUGAUUCUGGAUCUCUUGGAACGUAGACAGAUACAUUUUUUAGCUGGAGUACUUUGAUCAAGACGACGUCCACAGAAUGGUGGACGGUUUCGUAAGGAAGCAACUCAUUGGAAUUCCCUACGAAUAUUCGGGCGCUACUAAAGUCUACACUUCCAUGCGAGAUGUGGUGAAUAUUUAAAAAGUCGAGAUUAUAAAAAAAAAAGUUUCUUUUUUAAAUCAUUUUUGGGAUUAGGUUCCCACUUUUCCUCUAUUUUACAUUAUUGAACGUUGUAAUCAGAAUACCUGGAAAGCUUUUCAAAAAAACUGAAAGUUUCAAAAUUAGAAAAGUCAAUUGUAAGACCUUUUGUUUUAGACGGCUUAUGGGGCUCGGUUGGAGUUGGAUACGUAUUUGGUUGUGAUUUAUGAAGGCUCGGCGGUCAACGAGAAGAAGCACAACCCGGUCGAGUUCAUUCAUCACCUGAGCAAUGAUCUGAAAUGUGUCAAAUUGAUUCGAACCCUCAGAGCUAGGGCUAAAGUCUGA